UCCCCGCCUGCCCGAGCCCCGCGGCCGCGCCCGAGGAGCAAGCCCCGGGCGGCUCCGUGACUAAGAGCCUCAGCGGCGUUCCCGCCCUCCUCACACUCAGUCACCGCCCCGCGCCUGCUUCCCCCGCCCUGCCGGAGGUGCACGGGGGUCCUGCCCGCUAGGGAGCCCACCGCCCCCGCUCUCUUUCGGCGGGGGCGCGACCACCGGUGCUGCAGGUGCCGGGCGGGGUGUGGCGGGGCCCGGCUCGCACCGCCCCGGCUCCUCCCGCCGGGGUCCUCGCCGGCCCCUACGCCCGCCCCGCUGCCCCGCCCCGCCCGGCCGAGAGCGGGGGAUGGCGCCGGCCUGCCCCUGAGGAGCCGCAGCGGGGGACGGCGGGGGAGCCAUGGAGGAGGACCCGGAGCUGGAGAGACAGGCUUGAGCCUCCUGCUGAGAGAGAGUGAUCAAAAGCCCAGAGAUGAUAGAAAGUACAGCAAGGUGAUGAACUGCAUGUGUGCAAGGCCCUUUGAUAAACUGGGGCAAGCAGUGGGCUCCCCUGGCCACUCAGAUGAGCUGAGCCUAAGGAGCCUGUGUCCCUGUGUGUCCCUGCUGCACGGCCUUGUUUGUGAGGAAGGCUGUGGAAGAGUUACUUAAAGAGGCAAAACGUGGGAGAACCAGAGCUGAAACAAUGGGAGCUAUGGGCUGGUUGAAAUGUCCUCUUGCCGGUACAAAUAAAAGAUUUCUUAUUAAUACCAUCAAAAACACGUUGCCGUCUCAAAAAGAACAAGACCCAGAGCGUGAGCAAAAGGAAGAUGAUAAGGAGUCUGAACCAAACAAAAGCAGGAAAGAAGAAAAACCAAAGAAACGCAGAAUUCACCCGUAUACGCCCAGCUUUCAAUCCAGAAGGAGAGUCAGCUACUCUCCUCCAAGGCACCAAAGCAGGAGCCAGCACACAAAGGAUAAACAUGAAAAGCGAUCAAGCAAGCGAUGAGGAGAGGAGAGGGACAAGUACGUGUUGUUACAAGUCAGGAAUGUCAUUGAGUGUAGGAAAGCGAGGGUGUCUCAGUUUUUCUGGAGUUGAUGUUCAAACUUGAGUUUUGAACCAAGUUGCCUGUGUGAGAAGUAACCUUGAGGUAGCUUUAGAAACUUUUCUUUGGGACCUUUAAGAGAAAAGCAAAGUACAGCCUAAAACUUUCAGUUGUUUUAGAACAGACAUUCCCUUUACUCUGUUCCUUUCUCCCCUUCUGACUAAGCCUAGGGUCUUGGUGAUGGAGCGUGAUACGUGUGUCAUUGUCUAAUACAAAUCAUUUAGUCAUGUCACUCUUUUGGAAAUAAAUUUAAAUCAAGCAGAAUUAUAUUUAUUGUGUGAAGUUUGCAGAACUUCUUUGCUGCUAACCAAUAAAGAAGUUUUGCUUAUUUGGGUUAGAAUCUAGAAGAAGAGAAAGCUGGUCAGUGCCUGGCCAAGCAUAUACGUUUUGUAUAGAAUAUAAGAGAUUCCUUUCUUUAAUAUAGAAAGAACAAAUUUAAAUUGGGCAAUGCUGGUUUUGCUUUCCAGGAGGGACUGCUGGGAAAUACUGAUUUUUGCUUGUUAAUGUAUAUUCACAAACCUAUCAUAGAUAACAUUACCCCUAAAAAACUGCAACUGCAAUAAUUGUCUGUGUUUAGACUUCCCUCUGUAAGGAAGUAGUUGGAACAGUCUGUUGUCAUGGUGCUUUCAAAACAAACCCUGAAGACAAAAUUGUCAUCUUUUCUGUCUACUGCUAGAAAGUUUCCAAGUAAAUAUGUAAUACUAGAAAUACCGAGGUGAUGCUUAAACUGACAAAUGCUCACUUUCCAAGCCUGCGUGGCAAUUCUGUAGUGGUACAGUUCCUAAACUUGUGACCAUGAGCACAAAUGAUACACAUUGGCGUCUUCUGUGUCUCACUUCUGUUUGUGUUACAUUAACAAACUUCUACGUGAAAUAUUUUGUAUUUUACUGUUCUCAGAAAGAAUUGUUUUCAACAUAGGUUUGUUUUUGAGUGUGUUGACAAUAAAAUCGAAAAUGUUCAUGGAAA